CAAUACUGUGCGCUCUAAAAAAAAAUAUUUAUUUUUUAAACUUUUGUUUAAUGAACAGAUGUAUAGAAACAAUCGUAAAAGUAUUUUUAGUGUUUGUUCGUGGACAUAUAAUUUUUUUGGAAUACCUGAUUCUAAGACUCUUACAAGAAAGAAAAUUAUUUUCUAAAUCGCAAAAGAAAUGAUAUGCACAGAUAUAUGUCUUAGAGUGCAGACGCUUGUAAUAUAUAUAAUAGCUAUAUGUACGGGUUUGGUUAGGCGCCGCCUCUGUAAUUUUUUAAUACUGCACAUAACACAGGUUUCCGUUUUAUUUCUAUCUUCGUACAUCUUAACUCAAGUACUUGAUACAAUAGCCUCUGAAUCGCUUCAUACAUAUUCUAGACUUUCUCAAACAUUAUUCCAAAUGUUUUCAAUAUUACUUACUUAAAAUACAUUGGAAAAAAAAAAAAAAAAAAAUCAAGGAUCUCAAGUAUGCUUGAUUUCUACGUUUCUCAAAUAAUAUUUCCCGUAAAGUAGACACUAAAUUUUUUAUCAGUAAAAUCCUAAAUAACUCGAAAAUUUAAAGAAAAAAAUUAUCUUUGAGUGACAGCGUAUUUCUUAAUUUUCAUUAAAAUCUGUUUAUUUCGGUAUUAAUAGCGAAAGCCCUUUGAUUCACUUUAAUGCAAACGUGGACUCGUGUAAAUAAAUAGAGUCAUCAGGGAAGGACAUCUAGCCAUCAGCCAUACCUAUAAGUCAAUCAUCACCAAAUCAGUCGAGCAAUCAACAGUCAACCCGAGCGAACGCCAAAGCUCAAGCCAGCCUGGAACAACAUGUUCAUUAUUGACUGGCUCACCGGGGUUUUGGGAUUCCUUGGAUUAUAUAAAAAGAGUGGAAAGUUACUAUUCCUUGGACUUGACAAUGCUGGCAAAACAACACUACUUCACAUGCUUAAAGAUGACAGACUAGCACAACAUGUACCUACAUUGCAUCCAACAUCAGAGGAAUUGUCUAUUGGCAACAUGAGGUUUACCACCUUUGAUCUUGGUGGUCACUCUCAAGCCCGAAGAGUAUGGAAAGACUACUUUCCUGCGGUAGAUGCCAUAGUGUUUUUGGUAGAUGCCAGUGAUAGGACACGGUUACCUGAAUCUAGAGCAGAAUUGGAAGCACUCAUGACUGAUGAACAAUUGAGUGCAUGUCCGGUGCUUAUUCUUGGUAAUAAAAUUGAUAAGCCUGGUGCAGCAUCGGAAGAUGAACUGAGGAAUUUCUUCAAUCUUUAUCAACAAACGACUGGAAAGGGAAAAGUUGCACGUUCUGAUAUCCCAGGCCGUCCAUUAGAACUCUUUAUGUGCUCAGUACUGAAGAGGCAAGGUUAUGGCGAAGGUUUUCGCUGGCUUGCACAAUACAUUGACUGAAUACACGUGAAUAAAAUCUAAAAAUUUAAUCUUCCCAGUAAUUAAUGACUCAAACACUGGAUCAUUUUCUAUAUUGGCGUUAGUAAAACAGUCUAAAUUUGAUUUUUACAAAACAAGAAAAUUUAUAUCAUUAAUAGGUGAGGGUUUCUGUGAAUAAAGUGAAAAAAAAAA